GGAUCCGCUAGCUUGGGUUAACCAUACCAUACGACGUGGGCUGAAGCUAUGAUCUAGGCUCCUUCAUGAAUGUUAUUUUCCAUUCACAGCUCAAAGGCUAGCUUACUUAUGCGCCCUCCGUAUUCAAAAAGGUUCAGGUGUUGCUAGUAGGGCAUCAAACCCGAAGCUAUGUCUGAAGACGCUUCCGAAAGUAAUGAAGCAUCAGCUCCGGGGCAGGCUUCGGAAUCACCGAAAGGCGACGCUUCAUUUCUAGAAAAAGAUGUGAAAACACAAGACGACGGAGACGCCAAAAAUGACGAAAAUGACGAUGCGAGAAGCACAGGAACCAGAACCACAGAGCUACUCACCCUUCCGAAUGUUUUGCCUCAACCAACCCCAGAGAUCCUUAACAAUAGAAAACUUGGGUUGGACAUCAAUAAGCCUAUGGGCUGGAAUGGAUCCGAUUAUAUUGACUAUGACAUAAUCACUGUUCAUGGUAUACGGGAUGACUACAAAAAGGUCUGGAUUAACGAUGAGGGCAAGUGGUGGGUCAGAGAUCACCUCUUCAAGGAUCUAUCGAACAGACAAGUCGAUUAUUCCUAUUUGAUCUCGGAAAACUCGACUAUCUAUGAGCCAAAUGGAAUCCUUUCCCACGCAGAGGCAUUAGUUACAGAGUAUGCGCGAAGACGAGAAGCACUUGAAGAGACCGAAACCGACCGACCAAUAAUAUGGAUAUGUCAUGACAUUGGAGGUAGUAUUGUGAAGGAGGCCCUAUCCCUGGCCGUUGCGCAUCCGGAGAAAUACGGGAAAAUAGCCAUCUUAACAACCGCCAUCAUAUUCUUAGGUUGUCCUCAUAGAGCUCAUUCUAUCGAUGACCUUGAGGAUCAGAUAUACCAGCUCAUACAGCUUCCUGGACCUGAUAUAAAAUACCGGGUGACACAAAAAGUCAAGGACCUCGCCAGACAGGUGAAUGCGGCUAAUGAGACUUUCUUGGCGACUAAGUUACUGGACCGUGCCGUGGUCUUCAACGUUUUUACUCACAAUGUUCGUACAAGUUUGGACAAGUGUCCUAUCGACGAUAAUGCGUCCUACAUUGCGAAACCUUCCGGCCCAUACGACGAACUAGCUAAUCCAGUAACUCCCUUUCCACGUUAUGCACAUGCUAUUGGCCAUUCGUUCGAAGCAUAUGGCAGGAUCGCUUGCCUCACGAUAAGUCACAUGGAACUAAUGGAGGAUGACCCUUCCGAUGGAUGGCUUCCGUUAGUCACGAACGCCAUAAACAUCCCCGGAUCCAUAAUUAAGGUGAACUACCAUGUUAUCCAAUUUCAGGCACGUAUUCUAUCACUCCUGCCUCCAACGCGAGCCUUGAAAGUGGACUUCGACCCUGCGACCCCAAGGUCACCUAUAGUGGCCUGGAUCCGUAAGCAUCCUGCGUUCAAGAAGUUCACCAAGCCUCCCCCUGGGCCAAGGAUACUGCAUAUACACGGCAGUACGGAUAGGGCCCUAGACAUCGCCGAUAUCUCUCAACGUUUCUGGCUCGAUUAUGAUUGCGCGAAGACAACAAGCGAAUAUCAAAGACGUCCCGAGUCCUCUACAAUCUACUUUGAGUUUGACCAACAGGAUUCCAGGUAUAGUACGCUCUCCACUAUGUUACUGUAUUUCAUUAAUGCCUUGAUAUGGCGCUUUUGGGAAGGCCGAGAAAACGUAAUCCAAGGUGACUUGAAGUUCUUGGAUGAUACGCGAUCUUGGUCGCUCAAUGAUUUAUACCAUCUAUUCAAGAUCUUCAUGUAUCCUGUGGCCGUCAAUCAUAUCACGUUCUUCAUCGGCUGUUUCGACCAAUGCCCACAAAAGGAACGGAAUUGGUUCUUAGAGCGCGUUCUUGACGUACAAAGUUAUAAGGAGAAGUCCUGCCGAAUGAUUAUAUCCACUGCGAAUCGGGAUGAUUUGGCAGUCGAUUCGUUCCCAGAGGAUUCGCGCGUUGAUUUAGCGGAUUCCCCAAAGCCCAAUCAGCCGGCUCUUGAUAGCGAGACACGCUACCUGCUUAGAACAGACCUAGACGACCUUAUCGAAAGGCGACCAAUAUUCAAGCAUUAUCGAAAUGAAAUCCAGGACUUACUGGAUCAGUGCCAAGGCACGCCUCAUUUGGGGUAUAGCAUCCUGAAAUGGCUGGAUCAUGGCAGACGGGGCAUUUCCAAAUCUUGGAUAGGUUGCGUCCUGAAAGAUAUGGCGCAUGUUUCGCCACAGAACCUGAUGAAUGCUUUUUUAUCAUCUUUAAGCCCGGAGAAAAAGGCGUGGGCGAAGGAUGUAUUCCAUUUGGUCAAAUACGCCGCGGAGCCUUGGUCCCCUGAAGCACUAGUUGAGGCACUUGCCGUCCGAGAGUCCUCCGAGGAAUUUUCUCUUGACGACCUCGACUCUUCAAGGUUAACGGAAGAACUCGACCAUAUAUUCGGUGGCAUGAUCGUCGUGGACGGCCGUGACGUUAAAUUCAGCCAUAAUUCGUACCGUGGCCUGGCCGACAUCGAUGUUACAGGAAACCCUGGAGAUUACACGGCUAAGAUAAACGGCGAAAUCGUGGAGACAUGUCUGAAAUACCUAGGAUUAGAAGCCGUCCAAGAGAAGCUGUCUAGCUUGUUUCCCGAGAAAUAUGUCGAGGGCACAUACGCGACACAGCUCGACGAAACACUAAUGGCGACGCAGGGACUAAGUAUGAUGGAGUACGCAGUCAGAUUCUGGCCAACGCAUUACCAGCUUAGCGGAAAGUUCAAACUAUCUAGGCUUGUUCAUGAGUUUUUCUCUAAUCGGAAGAGUCGCGCGGCUUGGGAGUUCUAUUACUAUAAGCUCUCUAAUCCUUUCAAUCGGAUACAGAGAAGUUAUAUCUCACCACUGCCGAUUUAUGCUAUGCUAGGCCUGGAAGACUUAGUUGAUGAACAAAUAAGCAGGGAGAAAUCCCUACCCUCUUUUAAACAGAACAUCAGUUACGCCACGACGGAGGCUGUCAGAAUCGGUAAUGAACAGCUUUCGCAGCAAUUAAUAAAAGAAGUGGCUAUGAAUGACCAAGAACUUCAAGAAGCCUUGCUUUGGACAGCCGCACGAGGGGAUAGUGGGGCCGUUGACAGUAUUCUCGAGAAAAUAGACCCUAAAACGAUCCAGUGGUCGGAAAAUAUACUAUGCCGAGCUGCGGCCGCCGGUCUAGACAAGCUUCUCAUUGCUGCGCAAAAGUCCGGCUGCAAUAUUGACGAGACCAGGGACUACCUGGGGACGACCCCAUUCGGGGUUGCCGUGUGGUGGGACCAACUACAUACAGUCAAGGCUCUACUCGAUUCUGACGUCAAGCCAAAUUUAAAUAUCCGCGACGACGAACAGUCAACGCCUUUCUUGACAGCUGUGAAUGAAGGUAACCCACGUAUGAUCAGUCUCUUACUGCAAGAUGAGGCCGUCAUCCACCACCAGACCUCAACUGACAGGGGCGUUAUGCAACUUGCUUCGGAAUCUGGCAAUCAUAAGGCAAUAGAGCUACUCUACAAAGCUAACGCAGAUAUCGACAGCGAAGACAAACUCGAACCCGCUGAAGAUGCCCCUAGGCCACCGUUAAUCGGCGCGGCUAGUUUUGGGUACAGCCAAUGCGCCCGGGAGCUGUUAAAAAGCGGCGCCAAACCAGAUGUCAAGUUCGGUUCGAGCACUCCAAUGUCUGAAGCUAUUCUGAAUAAUUCUAUCGAUACUGUUCGAGUGCUUCUCGAGUAUAAGGCCAGCAUAAAGCAAGAGGACGGUAGCGAGAACAUGCAUUUGAUGCGGGCUAUCCAGACCGAAAAUUUCGAUCUCGUUUCCCUACUAAUUGAGCAUGGCUUGGAGGUUAACAUAACCGAAAAGAAUUUUUCGAACGUCAAAACGCCGUUAUCUCUAGCGGCUAAUUUAGGAAAUAUUAAACUGGUGGAGCUUCUGUUAGAAAAGGGGGCUGAUGUCAAUUUUUGCGGCGGAGAUACGGAUUCGCCCCUAUUCUCGGCGUUCUAUCGAAGCGAAACUGAAGUCGCGAAAUUACUUCUCGAAAAAGGUGGUGAUGUUAACUGGAGUGCAAGUGAUGGAUGGACCCCCCUUCACGCGGCGUACGAUAUGCCGCACCUUAUACCCGAGCUGCUCAAACGGGGUGUCAACAUUGAUUCCAUCUGCAGUUUCGGGACUAUAACUAUGAUGGCGUCAAGACGUGACGAACCAAAAACGAUCGCAGCCCUAUUAGAACACGGAGACUCUAAACCAGACCUAGAAAUCGUCUAUGGGGACGACGGGACAGUACCUGAAGAUAUUGGAUACACGGCGCUUCUUAUAGGCUGUAGGAACAAGGCUCCAGAGUGUGUAAAACUUCUUCUAGAUGCAGGUGCCGACCCUACAUUCCGGCAUAGUAAUGGCGAUGGGGCCGUGGAUAUCUGCGUUCAGAAGGGCGACUCGACGGAAUUCGAAGAAUGUCUCAAACAUUUGCUACCUUAUAAUCCAGAUUUGGGUCACAUAGAUGACCAAGGCGACACUCUUCUACAUAAGAUCCACGAAAAUACGCUCUUAUCUAUCGUGAAACUUUUGGUUGAAGAGGGUGCACCAACAGACGUGGAAAAUAACGAAGGUUAUACACCUCUAGCAGUCGCGAUCAAUGAGAACAAUAUCGAGGUCGCGAAGUACUUGAUUGAACAAAACGUCAAUGUCAACGUCUACAGCUCCAAGUUUGGCAGCAUUCUACACUUAGCUUGUAGCAAGGGCUCUUUGGAGAUGGUGAAGUUGCUGAUUGAAGCAAACGCCGAUCCAUCCGUGGUGAAUCCCGAAUACAGCCAGUCACUGCUAUAUACUGCUCUCAAUAUCGGGAAUGAAAAUGACCGUUUGCCUAUGAUACGGUAUCUUGUUGACGAUGUAAAGGUUGACAUCAAUGCUAUGGGUGGCCGAUACGGGUAUCCUCUCAUCCUGGCUGCGUCUGAGUGCUCGGAUGAAGGCGAAAUUAGAACCAAAACUUUCAAAUUCCUCAUUCGCCGUAAAGCUUACCUUGACGUGUCCGAUGAUCAAGGAAGACGUGCUGUACAUUUAGCCGCUACCACAUACUGGGAUGCUGGUCUGAAGCUUCUCGCUGAAGCUGACGCAGAUCUUACUGCCAAAGACAAAUAUGGACGUACUCCACUUCACUUUGCUGCAGGAUGUGAAUAUUCCGACUGCAUCAACUAUCUCGUCACGAAAGAUGUAGAUAUAAAUGUAGUGGACCAAGACGGCUGGACACCGUUGAUGUGGGCCGCAAGGUCUGGUACUGUAACUACAAUACAUCUGCUACUGGAUAAGGGCGCCGAUCUAUGGGCUCGUGGACAUAGUUAUGAUGCUGACUGGUCGGCAUUGAAGUUGGGUAAUUUUGUUGCAAGAUAUAUCGAUAUAGAAGACCUACUGGCGCCAAAGGAUCUUACACGGAAGCGUUCGGAUGGAGAGAUUGAAGAAUGGGACGAGUAUUUCCACAAGACUCGUCCGGCAUCUAACAAGUAUAAAACCUGUUGGAGUUGCCUCGUGAACAUAUGGGGUAUUCAAUGGAAGUGUAUCGAGUGUACCGAUGAUGUUUCGCUUUGCUUCAAGUGUUACAGCCAUAGGUCAACCAUGCACAAUCCCGAGCAUAAUUUCGAAGAGAUUGGGCCUCUCUACCUUGAGACAUCAUCGCCAGCGCAUAGUCAAUCCGCGACUGAUAGUGAGAAUGCCGAGGAGAAGGCUCAGUCGGACGAGGAGACCCCAGAGAACAAUGGGGGAGAUGCGGUUGAAAAAGAGGAGGACAAUGAUGAUGAUGAUGGUAAGGACGGUGAGGCGCUGGAGUUUGAUAACGAAACAAUCGGGGAUGAUACCGAAUUCAAUCCGGAUGAUUUUGAUGUAGAUGCGGAGUCUACUUUAUAAUAUAUUGGGUCACGCUUGGAAUACCUUGACAGUUAAUAUCCAGGUAGUUGAUUCACUCUAAAUUUACGUGUGUCGGAACUGAAGUUCUUUACCUGGUUAGCAAUAUCAUCCCUAUUUUGGGUGUGCACCCUAGGAGCAUAAGGCCUAGAGCGCUGUAACCCAGUGCACUUUACCAAGUAGGUAGGGAGUAUCUCGCUAUAAUUGUGGCGUAUGCGGUCGCCGCAGUGUGCUGUAAUUUAGUGGUAGACGCUCCAUGCGGGUGGUAAUUCGACUGGUCAAUUUGGGCUACUAACGUCUGCCUCCUGGGUACCUAAUACCCGCCAUGCGCUAAGCCCGCUAAGCUACAGUGUGCAGUCCCCCGUAUUUAUAGUGGGACUUGAUGACCAAAGCACAUCCAUGGAUCUGGGUCAGCCUAG